UUAGUUAUCGAAAGAGUAAUCGUAGUUUUGAAUUUGGAAAAUAUAUCCAUGUAUUAACCCCAAUAGGCCAAUUGAAACAACUGAGCCCACUAAUUGGAGUAUGGAUCCAUACCCAAUAAAUUGAUUUUUGUCGGAUCCGGCCCGAGCCCACUAAUUGGAGUAUGGAUCCGUACCCAACAAAUUGAUUUUUGUCGGAUCCGGCCCGAGCCCUAAUCUGAAAUAGCCACCCCCUUUGGCGGGAGAAUCUCUCUCCUCUCUCUCUCUCUCUUCUCCGAUGUCGAGAUUCCCAGAGAUAAGCUCUCUAUUUGGUGCACUAGCAUCCAAUCUCCAGACUCAACAUCCGGCGGCCGAAAAUGAAGUAGAUCACUCUCUCUAUGUUCUGAACCGUUCACUCAACCUGAGUGAAGCGCCAAGGGUUCGCGUUCUGGAAACCGCUCUCUCGCUCAUGGGCUUCACUGCUCCACAGGUCUAUGAGUCGGCGAUUGAAUUUACAGUGAAAACAUUAGUUGCUGUUUUAUCUUCUUCGAUUGAGUGCAAGGUGUUGAAAAUCAAUAGUUAUCGGGUUUUGAAAGUGGGCGGUUUGAUUCCGGGAAGAGAUUGUGGCAGUGUUGUGGAAAUGUGUGCCGAUAUUUUGGGGAAAUUUGAUGGACAUAAUAAAGGUAACCUUUCUGCUUUACUUUUGCACAACGUUAUCAGAGUAGCAGCUCUUGCACCCUGUUCUCCACAUGCAUUGCCGUCGACUUCCGAUGUCGAUAUGGAGUUCGAUGAUUCCAGCACUUCUGCUCUUGCAAAUUUAGUUGGCCAUUUGACAAAUGAGUUCACAGUUAAGAAUGGCGAAAUACCUUCAAGGUUGAUGUUAUGGCAUUUAGAUCCGAUGAUGUUGAAGCAAGAUUUAUCACAAAUUUUGCAAGAAAUCGUCGAAAGGCCAUUCCUCUGUUUGAGCAUGGAGAUUUACAAUAGGAUAGAGUGGAGAUCCAAACUGAUUUGCAUUGCCAUAUCACCCUCGAUUUUCGCCGAGACAAGGGCUUUGUUGCACAAGUGGUUCCUAAUGACGGGUCUGGCUUCCGUCAUGGAAUUUCUGACCGUGCUUGUUGGGCAAGUGCUUGAUAUAAUUUCCAGACCGAUGUGGUGGGGAAUAUCCAUGGAGGUUGGAUCGAAGCUCCCAUUUUCUCAUGCGUAUUUCCCCUACGACCAUGAUUUAUUGAGAAUUUUGGCUGCACCUGUAUCCCUGGAAUACUUUCAGUGCUUGCUUUGCAAAAUAAGUGGCUCGAUUUCUACUGCUGGAGUUCAUUCACAUUCCUCUCCCUUGAGAACUGCAAUAAAGAUUAGUACAGUAGAUCAUAAAUCCAUGUGGUCCAUGGUGGUGAACUUCCCUGAUUGGUUCUUUUAUGCAUCCAUAUUGCUCUUUUGUGAUAGCAUUCCCGCAGAUAAUCUUGGUUCCGGAACAUUCCCUACGUCAGUUAAGCUUAAGUCUCGUCUAAUGCAUGAUUCUGAAGUAGCUUGUCCCUCAGGGGCAGCAAAGUUUAUUGCCUGGUUUUUAAACCCCAUGAACGAAUCUAGUCAAUCACUCACCGUUGAUUAUCUAGUGAAGGUUUCGGAUUUAUGGACUCUGAAAUGCUCCUGCCCAAAUAAAGGUACAGAGGUAAAACGGGUUCCUAAGGAGAAGACUAGCAGGCUCAAAUUAUUACACAAUAAAAAAGGAAUAACUCCCCAAGAGCUGGAUAGUUCUGCGGUGUUUAUUUGGCUCAAGGAAUUCGAAGACACGUAUAUUAAGAUUUUCAAAACGAGUGGUGUUUCGAGUUCCAACGCAAAGGGCUUCAGCUUCCACCGAAACCUUUUUUUGAGGAAGGUGCCGUUAGGCAUAUUGCUUCUGUGUCCUAAUCGUUUAAAUUUAGCAGGAUGCUCCUUGCUUUUGCAUUAUGCUGCUACUGGAUCUAUUGUAAAGCUUUCAGAUAUGCAAAAUUCUGGAAAAGGCAAAAAAGUACCGAACUACUAUUGGCAGGGGGACUCGUUGAUAUGGAUUGAGCAUUAUACUAAAACGGAGGCUAUUGCAGGGUGUAGAAUCGUCUUUGAUAUAACAGAUGUUGCCGAGAGUAUUUCUCCUUCUAUGUUUGAAACCGAAGAGGAGGGAGUGAAUUUUAUCUGCCAACUGAAAUCAAAGAGUUGGGAUUAUCUAUUUCAGUGUAUCAAAAGGUUGCUUGAAAUCAAGAUUGAUGGAGACGGGGCCCACAUGCAAAAGGAUCUUCUCGCAAGAGUAAUGAGGUGGAGGCAUCAAGGUAAAGAUGUUUUCGAAAACAACAAGGAUAUGGAUUUCGUAUGCAACACUUUGGACGUAUAAAUAGCUUCAUCACGGUAUGUAUAACUAAAACUGAAUCUUAAUUCUUACAUAUGUAUUAUCAUGUCUCGAAAACAAUAUGUGUGUAUAAAAAACUUGUUUUCA